AUGAUUUUUAAUCUUUCUUCUUCACAAAACACACUACUAGUAUUUGUAUUCGUAUUAAACUCGUACACGUUGUCAUUCCAGGUCGCGGGCCGGGUGAGGAUUCGACCGUUAGCUCUAAACACACACGCACACAAAUUUGGGCCUAAUGACCUGUAUUCGCACUCAGAGGAGCUUGGAGCGCUCAAAAGGACAAACGCCGAGACGGUUCGGGGAGCGCAGUGUUACCUUCCGCCAGAGCAGAGAAUCCAGCGCUGGAUACAAGAUAAGUGGGAGGAGGCCUCCAAAAAGUUCGGAUUCCAGGAGUAUUCGAUGCCGGUGCUGACACAUACGACGGUGUUCGAGAACGCGAGCACACGGACGGUAAGUUGGAGAAAACGGAGAAACACGCAGGAUGAUGAGCACUUUAAGGAGCUGUACAAGUUUAGAGACAAAAAGGGGAGAAAUGUGUCUUUGAGAGGCGACGUAACGCCUCAGUUCAUGAACAUGCUCAAGUCGCUGAGGUCCAGGGACUCGACGCUGCAGUUGAGGACGCUCAAAUGGUACACCAUCGCAGAUUGCUGGCGCUACGAGCGCCCGAGUUAUUGUAGAAGAAGGAAUCACAUUCAGUGGAACGCAGACGUAAUAGGAAUCGACAGUUUGGACGUGGAGCUUGACAUAAUAUCGCUACUAAUACACUUCUUUAAAUCGGUCGGAAUCACAGAACACGACGUUAAAAUAUCAAUAAAUCACAGAGACUUCACAGGGGAGCUCUUGAAGCACUUGGGAUUUAAAGAAUAUUCGCCGGAAUGGUUUUAUAAAUUCUCUAAAACACUAGAUAAGUAUAAGAAGACUGCAAAAAAUGAGCUCAACGCAAUGCUGAGUGAGUUAGGUAUGAGCCCUUCUCAAUGCAAGGAGCUCCACAGAGUAAUAGAAUCGUCCAAAACACUAAGGGAUUUGGAAAAAUUCAUUAAAUCAGAAAGCUUGUUUCAAUUAAGGAGUUUAACUAAAGGGCUAAGGGAUAGAGGAUACUUAAACUGGAUUGAUUUUGACCUAACAAUAGUUCGAGGAAACGAGUAUUAUACAGGGAUAGUCUUUGAGUGUUUUGACAGAGCAAAUAUACUGCCAAGGUCAUUGGCGGGGGGAGGAAGAUAUGAUAACUAUUUUGACGAUUCUGAUCCAGUAUUGCGGUACUCGGCUGGAUUUGGUAUGGGCAACGUAGCACUCACGAAUCUGUUGAAACACAAGUAUUACUCCAGUCACACGAACUUGAUACCUGAGCCACCUAGUCUGGCUGACGUACUGGUUUUUCUUGAGAAUGUAAGCGUACUUUCAGCUGACGACAAAGGUGGCGAAGUUGAACAGGAGUACACUCGCAACAUUGGCGGCCACGGGAGUGAAGAUGCCAUGGGACCCAUGAGUGACACUAACAGUGAAACUGUCGGAGUCAACAGCGCUGAAAAAAAACACAUCCUUGAGCAGAGGAAGUGUUUACUCAACCUCAUGGAGAUUUUGAGGCACAACGACUUGUCCGUUUACCACUACUACAAGACUCCAAAGUUGAAGAGGGCGCUGCGAUUCGCCGAGAAGUGGGCGGUGCCAUUCUUUCUGAUGCCAGUUACUCUUGAUGGGAAGCCAAUGGUGAUGCUGAAGAACCUUCACCUCAGAACUCAGGUUAGCUCACGCUCAAAUCACGUAACCGUUCAGGAGUACUUCGGCGUCGACGACCCAUCAUUGUACGAGCGCGUGUUAACUCGAAUAAAGAAACUGAAUGUAAAAUAG